UGUGCUGCAUGUGAAAUAUGAAACACCCAUUGAGCAGCAUAUGGAAAACCGAGGCAGCGUCGGCCAGUGGAAGCAGCAGUGUUUGAUCGCCCAGCUGACAAGUGAUCUCAGGAAUUGUCAGCAUCCCUCUUGGCUGGGCCUGUACGGCAGGUUUUUCAGUCCUGACCGGUACAUGAACAUUACUACUAAAGAUGAGCACCCAUCAAAAAGAAACCUGUGAAAAUCAAGACAACGGCCUGAGCAAGGAGCAGAUUGAGAUACUUGAAUAUAAUUUCAAUAAAGUGUGCAAGCACCCAGAACAUACAACCUUGAUGCUGAUAGCCGCUGAAGCCGGACUGACAGAGCAGGAGACAAAGAAAUGGUUCAAAGUCCGGUUAUCUAAAUGGAGAAGAUCUGAGGGUCUACCUUCAGAGUCUGGCUCAGUCAUGGACUAAAGGAGAAUUCUUUAAUAUAAACACACUUUAUUUUUUCUACCACAUUAUAUAAAGAUAAAGUAAUCUUGAAAGCGGAUAUAAUAAAUAAUACUUAUCUAAAUAUUAUGUAUAUAUACUAAUGUAAUAUAUUUUAAAUGCAUAUUCUUAAAUAUUGCUUCAUUUUUGACAAAUAAAGAAACUUCUAUAUAAAA